GCUAGGUGGGCCCCAUGGCUCCAGGACAGGGCGCCCAGGGAAGGCAGUUAGCCUGAGCCCUGGCUGCGGGUGGACCCGGGCCGCGGGCUCGGCGGCGACGGGAGCGGAGAGGCCUGGAUCAGGCCGGAGCUGCAGAUCCCUGGAGGGCCCAGGACAUGCUCUGGAUGCAUCGAGGCUGAGUCACCGGGACUGGUGGCUGCCGCCCACCGGAGAGGCACGGGUGGGCAAUGGCCUGUGCUCAGGAGCAGGGGCCUCCUGAGAUCCUGGGAACCCCAUCUUUGAGCACCGCCCCAUGGCCCCGCCCCUCCCCAGGAGGGAAAAGGCGGCUGCUGGUGGCUCAGCUCACAGGCACUGGGACCUGGCCCAGAGGACAAGAGGACAGACUGCUGCCAUCACCACUUCAGGCCGGGCCAUGGAUCCCCACGAGAUGGUCGUCAAGAACCCGUAUUCCCACAUCAGCAUCCCCCGGGCUCACCUGCGGCCUGACCUGGAGCAGCAGCUGGAGGUGGCUCCCUCCUCGGAGUCGCAGCCUCUGCCUGUGGGGUCCUGCACCCCGGAGCCCACCCGACUCCUACAGCCCACCGAGGAGGCCCUAGGGCCCAAGGGUGCCAAGGGGGCCAAAGGGGCCGCGCCUGUCCAGGGCCAGCAAGCCUGGCAGCAGCCCGGCAACCCCUAUGGCAGUGAGCAGCGCCCUGCAGGACUGACCUAUGCUGGCCUGCCACCUGUUGGGCGUGGUGACGACAUCGCCCACCACUGCUGCUGCUGCCCUUGUUGCUCCUGCUGCCACUGCCCUCGCUUCUGCCGCUGCCACAGCUGCUGUGUUGUCUCCUAGCCCAGCCUUCACCGGGCUGGGGGGCCUGCCACAGGACCCCUAGCACAACAGGCCCCAUUCUCUGCUCAGGCGGCCACAGCAGGGCCUGGACGUUUGGGGAAGCCACUGGGCCACUGUCAUGGGCAUCAGCCACUUUCCAGCCUGGAGAGGGACAACUGCUCACCAAGAAGGCCAACAUCUCCGCUCAGGCCCCUUGAAAAGGAGCCCUGGGCACUGGCCAGGAUGGCAGCCUCCGGGGACACCCUUGACCACCUCCCUCAAGGCCCAGGCCCCAGGCAAUAAAGUACAGUGAGCUUUGUU